CUAACACGUUAGCAGUCUCACACAACACGUCAGAGAAGUAGUACGGUCAGAGUGGUCCCUCGCAAAUUUAGAUUCGUUGUUCUUUUUUUAGUUACUAUUAUGGCAUGCAGUCGCCAUUGACUCAAAAAUUAGGAGAAUAUUUUGAUAAGUUUUGAAUUUCCCCUGGGGAUCAAUAAAGUAUCUAUCUAUCUAUCUAUCUAUCUAUCUAACAUUGGAUCACUUAGUCGGUUAGGCUGCAUGAUUUCCUCUACAUUUGGUGUGAUCACUGUAAAGGACUCAAGGACUGGGAGCCAUGAUACACAUUGAGUGAAGCCCUCCUCCAAGAGAGGGCUGACAGGAGGGCCGUUAUGGCGUUCCCCGUACAAUUCCUAUGCCGUGCGCUUCGCACCGUAGGAUUGGUGCUUUUUUAUUAUGUCUUCUCUAUUGGAAUCACGUUCUAUAACAAAUGGCUCAUGAAGGGCUUCCAUUUUCCUCUCUUCAUGACCCUAGUCCACUUGACCAUAAUAUUUUGUCUCUCUGCCUUGACUCGUUCUGCCAUGCAAUGUUGGACGGGUAAACCAAGGGUUAUGCUUAACUGGUCAGACUACGUCUACAAAGUGGCACCUACUGCUCUGGCAACUGUGCUGGACAUUGGGUUAUCUAACUGGAGCUUUCUCUUCAUUACCAUCAGUUUGUACACAAUGACCAAGUCUUCCGCUGUCCUCUUCAUCUUGCUGUUCUCGCUUCUCUUCAAACUUGAGGAGCCGAAUCCAUUCCUCAUUGUGGUGGUCCUGCUCAUUUCGGGGGGUCUGUUCAUGUUCACGUACGAGUCGACCCAGUUUAACCUGGAAGGGUUCAUCAUGGUCCUCCUCGCCUCCUUCAUUGGUGGCAUCCGUUGGACCCUCACACAGGUCCUCAUGCAGAAAGCAGAACUGGGUCUUCAAAAUCCAAUUGACACCAUGUUCCACCUACAGCCUCUCAUGUUCCUGGGGCUCUUCCCACUCUUCCUGUACAAUGAAGGGUUGAGUCUGUGCACCUCGGAGAAGCUGUUCCGUGUGAAUGAGCUGGCCCCUCUGUUGUACUCUCUGUCGACCCUGGCAGUGGGAGGCUCAUUGGCCUUUGGGCUGGGCUUCUCCGAGUUCCUGCUGGUCUCGCGAACGUCUAGCCUCACUCUCUCCAUUGCUGGGAUAUUCAAGGAAGUGAGCACCUUGUUGCUGGCAGAGGUGUUCAUGGGAGACAGAAUGAGUCUGCUUAACUGGCUGGGCUUCUUUGUCUGUCUGUCAGGCAUCUCUCUGCAUGUUGGCCUUAAGACUUACUACAAAGCUAAGGCACACUCUGUGAGGCAGCUGCCCUGUAAAGAAGGCCCUGAGAUCGAGCUUCCUCUCCUACACCGGGAGGAGGAAGAGGAUGUGUACGACGAAGAUGAAGAGCAGGAGAUCCUGCACUGAGCGCGAGUGAACACUGCUCAGUUUGUCGUUCGGUCUGCUUGCGCUUGAGCCCCACAUAAAGAUCUCCACAAUGGAGGAGGAUAUUAUGCGGGAUCUUUCUCAUCCCAAGAAUGGUCACAUUGACCACAGAGACUGUAAAACAGUACUGUACCUCAGCAAAGAUGGUGCAUUCUGUUAACUAUGGACCUACUAGUAUCUUCCCAUGUCAGACAUGAUUUCUUAAAAAUGGAUUAAAGAUGCACAUGGGGAGCCUUACCACAUUACUGAGAUGACCAACUGACAUGACAGUUGUUUGCCAAUGGAUGGGAGGGGAGUUGGGGUCAGUUACUACACUCCCGUGAAGUGUCAGAACCAUUUUUUUGUGGCCUUUACGAAUAGUUUACUAGAAUAAUCAGAUUCUGUUCUGUUCUGUUUAGAUGGAACACAUGUUAGUUGAUGAACAGCUGUGAUUAUUUGCUAAAGCUAUGUCCAAACCAUUAACUUAAUUAAUGAAUUACACCUCGUUCACACAAUUGUUUACAUUUGUUGUUUGUGGAUUUUAUAAAUGGGCUGUUUGCA